AUGCGACAACCAUUGCUGAGACAUGCAGCGCGCUCCAUAUUUCUACAUUCACCACCGGCCUCAGCUUGCCCACAUGCAGUCGCGCCGACCAUCCAGGGACCAAGGCAAGCUCUGACUUGCAUACAACGCCGCUACCUCUCCCAACAACGACGGCACUUUGCCGAUGAGAAGAGAAGCACGCCCUCCGGCUCCUCCUCCAGCGAACCGAUCAACCUAGGUGCCCCACCCACCGCAUCUCAACAAUCUCAACCGCAUCCCUCUCCCUCCUCCGCCGACUCACCCACGGCUACAGACCUAAAGCAAGGAGCCGCAUCUUCCUCCCCGCCCCCCCCUCCCGGACUCACGCCCAACAGUGGCGAGCUCCCCUCCGCCUCCGAGCGCCGCCGCUCCCACAUCUCCAAGCGCCUCACAAACAUAAUGGACAACCUGCAAGGCAACAUCUUCCUCGCUUCGCAGCACCUCAAUGACCUCACCGGCUACUCCGGCAUCGAGGCCCUAAAACGCACCAUCACUGCGCACGAGCAGCACCUCGAGGCUUCGCAGGAAGACGUCCGCGUCUCGCGCCAGAACUACAAGCAGCUCGUCGCGGACCGCGCUGCUAGCCAGCGCGAGGUCACGACGCUGCUGGCGAGGAAGGAUACGUGGACGCCGAUUGACCUGGAGCGCUUCACGAGUCUGUAUCGCAGCGAUCAUGGGAAUGAGCAUGCGGUGCAGGAGGCGACGCAGCGGUUGGCGGAUGCGGAGAGGACGGCGGAGCAGGCGGGGUCGAGACUCAAUGCUGCCAUUUUGGCGAGGUAUCAUGAGGAGCAGAUUUGGUCGGAUAAGAUUCGUAGGAUGAGUACGUGGGGGACGUGGGGGUUGAUGGGGGUCAAUGUGUUGUUGUUCUUGGUGUUUCAGUUCGGGUUUGAGCCGUGGAGGAGGGAGAGGCUGACGAAGGGAUUUGAAGAUAAAGUGCUGGCGGCGCUGGAGAGGGAGAGGGAAGUCUUGAGAAUUGAGGAUGGAGAGGCUGGCUCUGCCGGUGGCGUAGAAGCCGUAGAGGCAAAAGAGCAGAGUCUCGAGGUGGAGUUGAUAGGGGUAACUACCCCUGAGCUGGCCGCUGGGAUUAUAGAGACGACUGGUAGCCCCGAGGCAACCCCCCUAGAGACAGAAGGUAAGACGCCCGAAUUCUCGCUGCAGUGGCGCCAACCAAAUACCUGGAAAGAAGGUCUGGUUUCGCCCUGUGUAGCGCGAGUACAGAACCUCUUCAGCGAGGAGAAGGUCUCGCUGCGGAAACAAGAUGUCACGCUUGUAGCAUUAGAGGGCCUGGCGACGGGUGCUGCGGUGGCAGGGCUGGCCGUCAUGUACAUACUUCGCCCGAACUAG